AUGUCCGAUUCUCUCGUGUGGCAAAUCAUCCGCAACAACAGCGCUUUCUUGAAAACUCAGCGCGGAAUUGGAAAGAAAUUUUCGACUGAGAAGUUCAACUUGAAGAAGGUCAACAGCCCACGAUACAGCGGAUUGGCCAACAAGUCGGCCAUCGAUGUUAGCCCAGCUCCAUCUGGAAAGGGAGUCGUCGUCUCCACCAAGACAAACAAGGGAAAGCCAGCUCAAGCUGUCAAAGCUAACCUUAUCACCAAGAGACCAAUCACUUCUACUGGACGUAUCGCCAAGAGCAAUGGAUUCAGCCGCUUCAGCAAGCUCGCCCAGAGACGUGCUGCCGCUAUCGUCCGCUCCCAGAUCACCAAGAAGACUAAGGCUCAGAAGACCGAUGCUUAA